AUGUUCCGAGAGAAUAUCGGACUAAUCUUCCUAACAGCUUUGCCUGCUGUGCUCCUGUCCUACUUCCUGAGUGUCGCUCUCCCGUCGCUGAGACUCCGAUGGAAAACCUCUCAGUUUCCCGUGAUAAACAAGAAAAAAGGCGAAUGGUCCGAUGCCAAUGCCGUGAAACGAUGCGCCCACAAUGCCCAAGCAAUUCUUCAAGAGGGAUAUGAGAAGGUAGGCUCGCAGCUCGUUCAAGGAUUCCCAAACCAGAUUAUUGACCAACAGCGCCAGUACAAUGGUCCAUUCCAGCUUAUCGGCUCCUUUGGAAGGAGAAUUGUUCUUCCUCCGGAAAUGGGUGAGCAUGUCAAAACGGAUCCUCGCUUCACUGCCAGUGAGGUGGUAAGGCAAACCAUGGCCGGCUCCCUGCCCGGUUUUGAAGGCUUGCUGCCAGUCAUGGAAGCCGGCGCGCCCAAUGUGUUCAUUCAGAUGAUUCGCUCAAAAUUGACCUCAAACCUUGGCAAGUUCACUCAGAACCUCGCAGAAGAGACCCAAGAGGCUUUCGAUGAGAGGUGGGGAACAAGCACUGAAUGGCACGAGGUCGACUUGUUGGCCAGUCUCCGCGACAUCGUCACACAGGUGUCAACGCGCAUCUUCCUGGGACCCGAACUCUGCAAGAACAAAGAAUGGCUGGAUAAUACCCAAGCAUACACGGAUAAUGUCUUCAAAGCCGUGCGAUCGAUCCGCCGCUUUCCCGCAUGGUCUCGUCCCUAUGUCCAAUGGUUCUUGUCGGACUGCGCCAAAAUCCGCCGACAGGUCAAGCGCGCCGAAGAAAUCAUCGAACCCGUCAUCGCCAAGCGGAUCGAAGAGAUUGCCCUAGCCCAGAAGGGUCUCGCCGAGAUGCCUAACGAUGCUAUCACAUGGAUGCACGAAGUCGCCACGGGCAAGGGCAAGGAAUACCACGGAGCGCACAUUCAACUGUCCCUUAGCAUGGCAUCGGUGCACACAACAUCGGAUCUCUUUUCCAAUAUCCUCCUCCAGCUCUGUCGGCAUCCGGAGUGGAUUGAACCGCUGCUCCAGGAAGCACAAUCAGUCCGUACAGAUGGUGCGUGGGAGAAGACGUCGCUCUAUCGGAUGAAGCUCGCCGACAGCGUCAUGAAGGAGACACAGCGCAUUAAGCCCCUGGGUGUCCUUCUAUCCCACCGCCAUGUCAGUGACGACGUGGUGCUGCCCGAUGGCACACUCAUUCCGAAAGGCGCCAUCGUCGCCACCAACAUGUCGCGCAUGUGGGACCCGGAAUACUACCCGAACCCCGAAGAAUGGCAGCCCGACCGAUACCUGAAGCUGCGUGAGGAGCCCGGGAAGGAGCACUCGUCGCAGUUCGUCACGACCACGAUGGAAAGUCUCGGGUUCGGCAUCGGGAGUCACGCCUGCCCCGGAAGGUUUUUCGCCUCAAGCAAAAUUAAGCUUCUGCUCAACCACGUGCUCCAGAACUAUGAAUUUGAACGGGUGGAUACGGAAAAAGACGCGACCCCCUGGUUCGUAGAAUAUGUCACAAAUCCAAAGGCGAAGCUGCGGGUGCGAAGGAAAAAGGUUGCAGCAUAACGUGGGAGGUUAUGUCCAAUGGAGAUGUCCUGGCGCAGCAAACGAGCAACUAACCAAGUUAAACAGAAGACAGAAUCACAAUGACAUCCAUCCUGUUCAGCAUACCGUGUAGCGAGAACUCGGAAAUAUAGACCAUGG